CGAAUAUGAAGAGAGAGUGAGAGAGACAGAUAUGGGUCCAAUACGCACGCUCCUAUCUACCGUCACUACCUACCAGUACUCCACAACCUCACUCUCCGGCAUCCUCCUCGUCAUCCUCACAUCAAUCGCCGUCUUCUUCCUCAUUCCAAUCAUCUUCCGCCGCCGUAACUGGCGGAACGCUCCACCAGGUCCCCUUGGAUGGCCAAUCCUUGGGUACCUCCCUUACCUAUCCGAAUGCCUCCAUGAAGAUCUCUUCCAUCUCUCCAAAACCUAUGGCCCUUUCUUCAGCCUCCAAAUGGGUCAAAAACCAGUCAUCGUCGUAUCAUCACCGGAAGUGGCCCGAGAGAUCCUCAAGCACAAGGAGGGAUCUUUCUCCAGCCGUACAAUCACUGAGGCCGUCCGUUCUAUUGCCUACGAUGGAACCACUCUUGUGUUUGUUCCUUACAGUGAGAGGUGGCGUCUGCUUCGUAAGAUCCUCACCACUGAGCUCUUCUCUUCUCGUGCCAUUGAUCUCUUACAACCAGCUCGCCAGCAACAGGUCCGUGGCCUACUCAAAAGUCUGUAUGCUUGUUCAAAGUCGAAGACACCAGUGAAUAUUGCGGAAUCGAUGUUUGUUGUCUCAACAAAUCUCACGAGUAACUUUGUAUGCUCAAAGAGCCUAUUUGACAACCUUGAGCUGAAAGAGAUGGUGAGAGAUGUCUUUGAAGCAGUUGCUGUCCCCAAUAUGGCUGACUUGAUCCCAUUCUUAAAAAUACUUGAUCCACAAGGUCUAAAGAAGAGAGUGUCCAAGGUCGCAAAAAAAAUGGAUAGCUUUUUCGAAAAUUUGAUUGAUGAGAGAUUAGAAGAGAAGAAGAAAGGGAUAAAAAUAAAUGAGAAUGGAAGGUUGGAUUUGUUGGAUGUGUUCUUAGACUACAAGAAUGAGAGAAAGGAUGAUGAUGGUUUGAAGCAAUUCUCUAGGGUUGACAUCAAAGGGAUGCUCAUUGACAUGUUUAUGGCAGGGAGUGACACUACAUCAAGCACAGUAGAAUGGGGAAUGGCUGAAAUCCUCAAGAAACCAGAAGUCCAUGAAAAGAUAUUAGUAGAGCUUGAACAAGUUAUUGGGAAGAACAGAUUUGUUGAAGAAGCUGAUAUCCCUAAGCUUACCUACUUCCAAGCUGCAGUGAAAGAAAUCUUUCGAUUACACCCAGCAGUUCCACUCCUUGUCCCUCGCCGGAGUAAUGAAGCAUGUGAGGUGUAUGGUUACCAUGUGCCUAAGCAUGCUAUUGUAUUUGUGAACGUUUGGGGGAUAGCUAGAGACCCAAAAGUAUGGCCAGAGCCUUUGGAGUUUAAGCCUGAGAGGUUUCUUGAAUCAGAAAUGGAUGUUAAAGGACAAGAUUUUGAAAUUUUGCCUUUUGGAACUGGGAGACGAUCGUGUGUUGGGCUGCCCCUUGGUCUUCGUAUGGUUCAGUAUUCCUUGGCAUCAUUGAUCCAUGCUUUUGAAUGGGAUAUCUUUGAUGAUUCAUUGGAAGAUAUGACUGAGAAAGUUGGAAUUACUCUCCAAAAAGCCAAGGUUUUGAUGGGCAUUCCAAAACCUCGGCUCAUGGAUUCUGUGUAUAAUUAGUCUAUAUU